UUGUUAUAUUUGCUCAGUGUCUGUAUUUUUUAAACUAUUGAAGACAGGAGCCUUGCUGAAUGACAGUUUAAAGAGGGCUGUGUCCUUGUGCUGACCCUUUCUCCUCUGUUUCAGAGGUGGUAGCCCAGUGGUGCACACAGGGGGACUUGCUGGCAGUCGCUGGGAUGGAACGGCAGACCCAGCUUGGUGAGCUUCCCAAUGGCCCCCUUCUGAAGAGUGCCAUGGUCAAGUUCUACAAUGUUCGUGGGGAGCACAUCUUCACACUGGACACUCUCGUGCAGCGCCCCAUCAUCUCUAUCUGCUGGGGUCACCGGGACUCGAGGCUGUUGAUGGCAUCAGGACCAGCCCUGUACGUGGUGCGUGUGGAGCACCGGGUGUCCAGCCUGCAGCUGCUGUGCCAGCAGGCCAUCGCCAGCACCUUGCGUGAGGACAAGGACGUCAGCAAGCUGACCCUGCCCCCCCGCCUCUGCUCCUACCUCUCCACUGCCUUCAUCCCCACCAUCAAGCCCCCAAUUCCAGAUCCGAACAACAUGAGAGACUUUGUCAGCUACCCCUCAGCCGGCAACGAGCGGCUACACUGCACCAUGAAGCGCACAGAGGACGACCCAGAGGUGGGUGGCCCGUGCUACACGCUCUACCUGGAGUACCUGGGCGGGCUUGUGCCCAUCCUCAAAGGGCGGCGCGUCAGCAAGCUGCGGCCGGAGUUUGUCAUCAUGGACCCGCGGACGGAUAGCAAACCAGAUGAAAUCUAUGCGAACAGCUUGAUUUCUACUGUGAUCGACAGCUGCAACUGCUCAGACUCCAGUGACAUUGAACUGAGUGAUGACUGGGCUGCCAAGAAAUCUCCCAAAAUCUCCAGAGCUAGCAAAUCACCCAAACUCCCAAGGAUCAGCAUCGAGGCCCGCAAGUCCCCCAAGCUGCCCCGGGCUGCUCAGGAGCUCUCCCGGUCCCCGCGGUUGCCCCUGCGCAAGCCCUCUGUGGGCUCUCCCAGCCUGACUCGGAGAGAGUUUCCUUUUGAAGACAUCACUCAGCACAACUAUCUUGCUCAGGUCACGUCUAAUAUCUGGGGAACCAAAUUUAAGAUUGUGGGCUUGGCUGCUUUCCUGCCAACCAACCUCGGUGCAGUAAUCUAUAAAACCAGCCUCCUGCAUCUCCAGCCGCGGCAGAUGACCAUUUAUCUCCCAGAAGUUCGGAAAAUUUCCAUGGACUAUAUUAAUUUACCUGUCUUCAACCCAAAUGUUUUCAGUGAAGAUGAAGAUGAUUUACCAGUGACGGGAGCAUCUGGUGUCCCUGAGAACAGCCCACCUUGUACAGUGAACAUCCCUAUUGCACCGAUCCACAGCUCGGCUCAGGCUAUGUCCCCCACGCAGAGCAUAGGGCUGGUGCAGUCCCUACUGGCCAAUCAGAAUGUGCAGCUAGAUGUCCUGACCAACCAGACGACAGCUGUAGGAGCAGCAGAACAUGCAGGUGACAAUGCCACCCAGUACCCAGUCUCCAACCGGUACUCUAAUCCUGGACAGGUGAUUUUCGGAAGCGUGGAAAUGGGCCGCAUCAUUCAGAACCCCCCUCCACUGUCCCUGCCUCCCCCGCCGCAGGGGCCCAUGCAGCUGUCCACAGUGGGCCAUGGAGACCGAGACCACGAACACCUGCAGAAGUCAGCCAAGGCCCUGCGGCCAACACCGCAGCUGGCAGCUGAGGGGGACGCAGUGGUCUUCAGUGCCCCCCAGGAGGUCCAGGUGACAAAGAUGAACCCUCCACCCCCGUACCCAGGAACCAUCCCCGCCGCCCCCACCACAGCAGCACCCCCGCCCCCUCUGCCGCCCCCACAGCCCCCAGUGGAUGUGUGCCUGAAGAAGGGCGACUUCUCCCUCUACCCCACGUCAGUGCACUACCAGACCCCCCUGGGCUAUGAGAGGAUCACCACCUUUGACAGCAGUGGCAACGUGGAGGAGGUGUGCCGGCCCCGCACCCGGAUGCUGUGCUCCCAGAACACCUACACCCUCCCUGGCCCGGGUAGCUCCGCCACCUUGAGGCUCACAGCCACUGAGAAGAAAGUCCCCCAACCCUGCAGCAGUGCCACCCUGAACCGCCUGACCGUCCCUCGCUACUCCAUCCCCACCGGGGACCCACCCCCCUAUCCCGAAAUUGCCAGCCAACUGGCCCCGGGGCGGGGGGCUGCCCAGAGGUCCGACAACAGCCUCAUCCACGCUACCCUGCGGAGGAACAACCGUGAGGCUGCGCUCAAGAUGGCCCAGCUGGCGGACAGCCCGCGGGCCCCCCUGCAGCCCCUGGCCAAGCCCAAGGGCGGGCCCGGGGGGGUGGUGACACAGCUCCCAGCGCGGCCCCCACCUGCCCUGUACACCUGCAGUCAGUGCAGUGGCACAGGGCCCAGCUCACAGCCUGGAGCCUCCCUGGCCCAUACCGCCAGCACCUCCCCAUUGGCCUCCCAGUCCUCCUACAGCCUCCUGAGCCCACCCGACAGCGCCCGUGACCGCACGGACUACGUCAACUCCGCCUUCACAGAGGACGAGGCCCUGUCCCAGCACUGUCAGCUUGAGAAGCCCCUGAGGCACCCUUCCCUGCCUGAAGCUGCUGUCACCCUGAAACGGCCACCCCCUUACCAGUGGGACCCCAUGCUGGGUGAGGACGUUUGGGUUCCUCAAGAAAGGACAGCACAGACUUCAGGGCCCAACCCCUUAAAACUGUCCCCUCUGAUGCUGAGUCAGGGCCAGCACCUGGACGUGUCCCGACUGCCCUUCAUCUCCCCCAAGUCUCCUGCCAGCCCCACUGCCACUUUCCAAACAGGCUAUGGGAUGGGAGUGCCAUAUCCUGGAAGCUAUAACAACCCCCCUUUGCCCGGAGUGCAGGCUCCCUGCUCUCCCAAAGAUGCCCUGUCCCCAACACAGUUUGCGCAACAGGAGCCUGCUGUGGUCCUUCAGCCAGUGUACCCGCCUAGCCUCUCCUAUUGCACCCUGCCCCCCAUGUACCCAGGAAGCAGCACAUGCUCUAGUUUACAGCUGCCACCUGUCGCCUUGCACCCAUGGAGUUCCUACAGCACCUGCCCGCCCGUGCAGAACCCCCAGGGCACUCUCCCCCCAAAGCCACACUUGGUGGUGGAGAAGCCCCUUGUGUCCCCACCACCUGCCGAACUCCAAAGCCACAUGGGCACAGAGGUGAUGGUAGAGACUGCCGACAGCUUCCAGGAAGUCCUCUCCCUGACCGAAAGCCCAGUCCCCCAGCGGACAGAAAAAUUUGGAAAGAAGAACCGGAAGCGCCUGGACAGCCGAGCAGAAGAAGGCAGCGUUCAGGCCAUCACUGAGGGCAAAGUGAAGAAGGAGGCUAGGACUUUGAGUGACUUUAAUUCCCUUAUCUCCAGCCCACACUUGGGGAGAGAGAAGAAGAAAGUGAAGAGUCAGAAAGACCAACUGAAGUCAAAGAAGUUGAAUAAGACAAACGAGUUCCAGGACAGCUCCGAGAGUGAGCCUGAGCUGUUCAUCAGCGGGGAUGAGCUCAUGAACCAGAGCCAGGGCAGCAGAAAGGGCUGGAAGAGCAAGCGCGCCCCACGGGCUGCUGGUGAGCUGGAGGAGGCCAAGUGCCGGCGGGCCAGUGAGAAGGAGGACGGGCGGCUGGGCAGCCAAGGCUUUGUGUACGUGAUGGCCAACAAGCAGCCGCUGUGGAACGAGGCCACCCAGGUCUACCAGCUGGACUUCGGGGGGCGGGUGACCCAGGAGUCUGCCAAGAACUUCCAGAUUGAGUUAGAGGGGCGGCAGGUGAUGCAAUUUGGACGGAUUGAUGGCAAUGCGUAUAUUCUAGACUUCCAGUACCCGUUCUCAGCCGUACAGGCCUUUGCAGUUGCCCUGGCCAACGUGACUCAGCGCCUCAAAUGAAGAGACUGGUGUGGGGAGGAGAGAGAUGCAGAGAGCCUUUGGAAGAGGUCUUCGGACAUGCCAGAGGAGCCCUCAAGGGGCUGGAUAACUGGGAGGACCAGAAGCCAACAGCGAAACUGGAAAAGCCCAGCAGGCCCAGGAGAGGGCACUGACCUGUGGUCAUCAUUUAUUUGGUUGGGCUUUAUUACCUUUUAUUGUCUGUUCUUCUUUUCUUUUUCAUUUCAGUGGCAUCUGGAAGCAAAGAGUGCUAGGCACCUGCUGUUCUUUCCAGAAACAUAGCUUGGCUGUGGUAAUGCUCUACUGGGCCCUUCAGAAUGAAGACAGACUGCCUUAGAGCCUGCUAUUCUUUCAGACAUAGGGAGGAUGCAUUCUCGUGCAUUUUCCUCCAACAUCACCACUAGUGUAAAAGCAAAAAGCUUUUACAAAACACAGCCCAAAAUUCUGAAGAUACAGGUUCUUGGGGAACGGGGUGGGGACAGCAUUUGAUUUACACUAAUUAUGUUAUUCCCCAAAAGGUGACUUAAUUAACAUCGGGCAUUUGGGCAGACA